AUGGAGAAGAAAUCAGAAGAAGGAAAAGAAGCAUUCAGAAUGUUUCCGAUUGGAGAUGAAGAAAGUUCACAGCUAUUUACAACUGCAACUGAAUGUGUCAACACUGUUGUCGAUUUGAAGAGAAACGGACAAAUGAUAAAAGAGAAAGAUGUAGAAGAGCUGGUUAAAAAACUGAAAGCUGAAGAAAUGAAUUUUUCAUUCAUACAACAACAGUCUGCUGGUGCCGCUAUUAUUAUUUCUGCUCGAAUCGUUCUUCCAGGAUCAAAGAAAUUUUUUGAUUUGGAAGCAUUGGUUCCGUUAUUUAUUCAAGCACUCGAAAUGGUUUCCAGCUUUGAGAAGCUCGAAGGAUUCAGAUGGAGACAUGUACAUCCACUAUUUCAAUUUUAUGUCGAAGAGAUCCCCAAUCACUCCGGUGCUCAACAUUUUUUGGAGCUUCUGCAGAAAAUUAUGGACGUAAUGAAGCUUUCACCGACUGUCAACGAUGAUUUUUUCUCAUAUAAUAACUCAAUGGCAUUGGCUCGUCUUAUCGUCAAAAUGAAUGAAAUAAUUAAUAACCAAGACGGAGAUUUGGAAAUUCGAAAACGGGCGGUCGUGCUGUUGCACUCGAUGGUGAAGCAGUGUCCACCGGAACGAGCAUCUACAGUUUCAUUAUAUUCGAGCGGAUUAUGUACUGCUGUCGCCAAACUUUUAAAAGGAGGCACAAACAUCCCCAGUUUAAUAAAAAGCGCACUUUUACUCUUCAAAGACCUCGUCAUUCUGGUUUUCGCCGACAACGCUGUGAAAUUAGAUACAAAAACUAUCAAUUGGGAUGAAUAUAUUCCACAAGUUCACAAUUACCUUCGUGGACAAACCGAGGAAUGGAGAACAACUGGAUCAGAACAUAUUCAACAGUGUAUUCGUGAUUCUCUUUCUUCUUACAUGAAUCAUCGAAGUUGGGAUGUGAAAUUAGCAGUUUGUGAAAUGACGCUUGAAAUUCAAGAAGCGUGUAAAGAUCUGCUGAAGGAAAAACUUUAUGGAUGUCUGAUGAGUUUGUAUAUACAUUUGAGAUACGAUCAAUCCACACAAUUCCAAGAAAUCGGAAAAAAGGCUCUUGAACUGGUGAAAAACAAGCGGAAAGCUGAAGAAUUUUUCUACCAGCAACUGGAUAUUCAUAUCUCUCGUCUACCAGUCAGAACUCAUAAUGAGGAUGGAUUACCAGAAAUUAAUAUUGUCAGUGCCAUCUUGACUGCUCUAGGUGAUAGCGUUCGCUUGCUAUCGACUACUGGCUCAAGAACUAUGGAAGCGUUGCUGAAAAGUCUUGCCGAUAGUAUUGUAAUUGAUAAGAGAAAGAUAAUGAUUACAAGCGACGUAGCUAUUGAAAAUAUCGAACAAGCACUGAGAAAAAUGAAGUUGCAAUAUGAUGUUACCCAUUCUGCCAUCGCACAAAUCUGUCAGAUUCUAGCAGAUCUUGGUGGAAUUGAGGUUGUCGAUAUGGUGCAUAAUCUGAUGAGAAUGGAAUCACCUGGAAAAAGAGCUUCAUAUCAUAUCAUACUUGCUCAUCUACUUUCUUCACUCAAAACAUCCGACACGCCUUCUGAUGAUCCAAUCAUUCUAAUGCUUGCCGAGUAUUUAGUACUCGAGACUAACAGAUCUUGCAUUAUCAAGUUGAAAGAAGACACAAAACCCGAGUCGCAUCAAUUUGAAAUCGACUGGAGUACUUGUGUGGAGAGUCUCAGUUUGACCAAUUUGGCAUUAUGUAUGAGAUUUAUCGGACAAACCGUAAACAGGUCCCAUAUCUCCACACAAUGCCUCUGUACAGUUUUGAUGCAAACCACUUCUCAGUCUUGGAUUGUUUCGGAAUCUGCUCAAUUUGCAUUGAAAAUUAUCGCAGAAGAGUCAUCAAGAGAUCAGAAGAAAAAAGACGAUCCAGACGCUGUGGAGCGUCUUAUUCGAAGAUACAGUAGUCAUAUUCUGAAUCGAGUCUCCCUGGCGUGCACUUCUUCUACGAACUAUCACAUGGCUCCGAUUCUAUUUCAAUCAUAUCUGGCAUAUGGGGAAAUUCCCGAUCAUUUUAAUGUUUUCAAAGUUAUUGUGGAGAAAAUGUUGUAUGCGUUGGAUCGAAAUCAACAGCAAUACUCAUACUCUCUACUUCAAGCCUUGUUGUUUUUCAUGGGUUGUAUGAACAGAGAUUAUCCGAACCAUGAACCAUUGUCACCUCCGAAAGAUUCAGAAGACGAAAAGGAUCUUCCCACUCCACAGCAUAUCAUCGUUGAACAGAUUCUUCUUCGAACAAAACAUAUGUUAUCUUCCGAACACAUCCCUGUCAAAAUCAUAGUUCUACGGUUGUUAUCUCAAGGAAUCGAGUUCAUGAAAUUGUAUGAUGACAUGCUACUUCCAAUGAUUCAUCAGAAUUGGUUCGGAUUGAUGGCAAUCGCGAAAGAGCUUGAGCCAAACACGCUAGGCGCGGUGAUCGAUCGAGUCGUUGAUAUGGCUGAAAAAUCGGGAACUUUUGUGCAUAACAAGAUCCUGAAGGAGUUCUGGCCGCUUGUUGAAACGUACUUCAUGAAGCAGAUUUCAAGAAGAGAAGAAUUCAGUCACACUUCUGAAUUCGCUGUGACCACCAGAUUCAUCAACUCGAUUCCACGAAUCAUUGCGAACGCUGGAAUCACCGAAAAAGAAGCGAAGAAAACUUUCAUGAAAAUAAUCAAUAAUUCGAUCGAAAACAAAGGAAAAUUUGCAUUUUAUUGUGAUAAACAAAAGAAGAUCAUUGAUGCAUAUUAUAAGGAGGGAAAAUCAGUUUAUGACGAGUGA